AUGUAGAGGCAGCGGGAAGAGGAAGUGGCAGCAUCAGUUGACAAGUCUCAUGUAAGCAGAAGUGCUAGAAGAUCAGCUGAUAGCUAUGGUCUUCAUGACAGCGAACUGGCACCCCUUAGGGGAUGCGUUUUACAGGAAAACAGAUUUAUAUGAAAUGGGGUGGAACAUUGGAGGACUAAGGGACUGCCUUAUUGCUGCAGCACCAUAUGGUGGGCCAAUAGCUUUGCUAAAAGGAUCCCAGCGAAGUGAACGUUCACAUAGCGUCAGACCAGUCAUGGAAAUGUAUACUUCAUCUGGUGUGCCUCUUGCAAGCUUUCUGUGGAAAAGUGGCAUUGUAGUAGACAUCGGCUGGACAGUUUCUGAUUAUUUACUGUGUAUUCAAGAAGAUGGCACUGUAUUGAUUUAUGACAUACUUGGAAAUUACUGCAGACACUUCAACAUGGGCAGUGAAUUAUCCCAAAACUCAGUGACUGAAGCCAAAAUAUUCCACUCUGCUUAUCGAACAGGAGUUGCAAUACUGACUAAAGCAUACAGAUUUUCUGUGGUAACUAAUAUUGAAGACCAGAAAAUAUGGCGCUUACCAGAUGUACCAGGACUACAAACUUCUGGAUUAUCUUGCUGGACAGUAAUAUCACAGGAUAGACAGACUAAACUGGUUUUGGCAAGUGGAAGAAAUAUAUAUGUUUUGGACAGUGAUUCAUGCACAUCUGUGACUGUCCCGGGGCUUGACCCAGAUAUAAGCAGCUAUUUGCACAUGUCAGCUUCUUUCAACUACAAGUACUUGGCACUUUACACUAAUACAGGAUGCAUUUGGAUGGGAACCUCAAACCUAAAGGAGAAGCUUGGGGAAUUUGACUGCAAGUUUCAUGCACCACCAAAACAGAUGGUAUGGUGUCGCAGACCAAGGAGUCAGCAGCCAUCUGUAGUUCUCAUGUGGGAUAGUCUUCUCUUGGUAGCAGGAAAGAGCAAUGAAAGCAUUCAAUAUAACUUAGAUGAUGAGUUGUAUCUUGUACCAGAACUUGAUGGGGUACGAAUAAUCGGUAGCAAGAGUCAUGAAUUUUUGCAUGAAGUUCCAGCAACCUGUGAGGAGAUUUUUAAGAUUGCAUCUAUGGCACCUGGAGCUCUCUUGUUAGAAGCUCAUAAGGAAUAUAAGAAAGAAAGUCAAAAGGCAGAUGAGUAUCUGCGAGAAAUCAAAGACCAGAAUCUUCUUCCUACUGCUGUUGAGCAGUGUAUUGAAGCAGCAGGAUUUGAAUAUGAACCAGAGACUCAAAAGAUGCUUCUCCGAGCAGCAUCAUUUGGAAAAUCUUUCCUCAGUAACUUUUCCCCAGAGAGGUUUGUAACCAUGUGUCGUGAACUGAGAGUCCUAAAUGCAGUUCGAGACUAUACUGUUGGAAUGCCUCUCACUUAUGUUCAGUUCAGACAAUUAACAGUCCAGGUUCUAAUAGAUCGGCUGGUGUUUCGUAGAUUAUACCCUCUUGCCAUUGAAAUCUGUAAGCAUUUGAAGAUUCGUGAAUUCCAGGGUGUGAGUCAUGUGCUAAAACACUGGGCUUGCUUUAAGGUUCAGCAGAAGGAACCUGAUGAGGACAUUGCUCAUGCCAUCAACCAGAAACUUGGGGAUACAGCAGGAAUUUCAUAUUCAGAGAUUGCCGCCAAGGCUUAUGAAUGUGGACGCCCUGAACUUGCCAUCAUGCUUCUUGAUUUUGAGCCACAAUCUGGGGAACAGGUUCCUUUGUUACUGAAAAUGAAGAGAGGUCAGCUGGCUUUGAACAAAGCUAUUGAAAGUGGAGACACUGACCUUGUUUACACAGUUGUGAUGUAUCUGAAGAAUGAAAUGAACCGCAGAGAUUUCUUUCUUACUCUACGCAAACAUCCAGUUGCACUUAGCUUGUAUAGACAGUUUUGCAAACACCAAGAGCAGGACACGCUUAAAGACCUCUAUAAUCAGGAAGAUGACCAUCAAGAGCUGGCCAACUUUUAUGUGCAAGAGAGCUACCAGGAAGCAAAGGUUGAAGUUCGUGUAGCGGAAUUGCAGAAAGCUGUGGAUGAGUACAGUAAAGCAAGGAAUGAGUUUGCAGCCAAGGCCACAGAAGAACAAAUUAAGCUGUUAAAGUUUCAGCGCAAACUCCAAGAUGAGACUGACAAGCCUUAUGUAGAUCGUUCUCUCCACGACACUGUGUACAGUCUUCUGCUAGAAGGCAGUCACAGGCAUGCUGAGCAGCUUUAUAAAGAUUUCAAAAUUCCAGACAAAAGGUACUGGUGGUUGAAGAUCUCUGCUCUCGCUGAGAAAAAUGAUUGGGAGGAGUUAGAAAAAUUCUCCAAGAGUAAAAAGUCUCCCAUUGGUUACCUGGCUUUUGUGGAAGUCUGUGUAAAGCACCAAAACAAAUAUGAAGCUAAGAAAUAUGUGUCCAAGGUGACUCCUGAACUGAAAGUUAAGGCCCACCUAUUAGUUGGGGAAGUGGAGCAAGCAGCAGAUAUCGCAAUUGAAAGAAAGAAUGAGAACGACUUAAACCUGGUUCUGUCCCGCUGCAACCAAAGCACUGACCGGUCCUUAGUGGAACGCCUUAACAAAGCACGGUCAGGUGCCAACAAGAAGUAACUAGAACUGCACUCUGAAUGUUGAGUACUUCCUGCUGGGACACUAAUACCAGUUGCUUCCUCUGCAAGGUUUACUACACAACUGUGAUGAAGGGCAUUAGAAAGUUGCCAAGAGCAGGUUUAUUAUCCUGGAGGUUCUGACUGAAAGGUGCUGAGGCAGGUAGGACGCUGAAGUCUCCACAAUCUGCGUUAUCCUGUACAGGUGCCAUGAAAAGUAGUCAAAGUGCUGACUAAAAGAAUGAGAAUAAAAUCUGCUUUAAAUUAUUCAAUA